CAUACAGUAACUUGUAAUGGCAGACACAGUUGCAAUCAAAUGUCUUUUUUAAUUUUUUUCUAUUUUUUAUUUUUUUAAAUAUUUUUACAAACUAGUCCCUCACAUUUAAUAUUUUAGCUUUGAGUCAAUGAAAAUGAUUGAUUGAGUGUAUCCUGAAAGUUUAACCUGAAAGUGUUUUUCAUGUAAUCCAUGUUUGAAUGUUGGGACAAACAAUACCAGCAUUAGGCAAAACUUUAGCUCUUGCUAGCUUAGAAGCACAGCAGCAAGUUUCAGUGCUCAUACACAUUCACACACUUAUAUAAGCUGCACAUAAGGCAGACUCUUUCACCGUCGUUAUUUUUAACGUCUUAUGCCAUGUUUGUGGUUUAUGUGAGAGAAAUAUGUACGUUUAAGCAGCAGCUCCUGCCGUGCCCAGUAGGCUACUGGACAAUAGUGCAUCAGAUUCAAGGGCUGAAUAUUACGUCCAUUCAAGGACAUAAAAACAUAAAUUACUUUAAGCGAACCAUAACGUUGCCGAAAUGCAAGUUUACCAAUGUCAGUCAGCAUUACUCCUUCCGUCCAAGUCCGCAAUGCAUGCGCAAAUCCCAUUCGAUUAAAAAAAAUUAAUAAUUUGGUCAAAAUGGAAUACGUAUUUCAGUUUGAUGCUGUGCUGUGCUGUGAAUUUGAAUGACAGUAAAGAAAAUGCAGUUACAUCACUUGAAACGAGGAAACAAACAUUUUUCAAGAAUUUGAAUUAAAAAAUAAAUGACAGGGUUAUACUUUUUCAGUGUGCCUUGCAGGCUACUACUAUAAGAUGUGUCUUCAAAAAAUGUCAGAAAAAGCCUAGUUGAACAUCCAUCCAUCUAUUUUCUGAGCCGCUUCUCCUCGCUAGGGUCGCGGGCGUGCUGGAGCCUAUCCCAGCUGUCAUCGGGCAGGAGGCAGGGUACAUCCUGAACUGGUUGCCAGCCAAUCGCAGGGCACAUACAAACAAACAACCAGUCGGACUCACAGUCACACAUACGGGCAAUUUAGAGUCUCCAACUAAUGCAUGUUUUUGGGAUGUGGGAGGAAACCGGAGGGCCCGGAGAAAACCCACGCAGGCACAGGGAGAACAUGCAAACUCCACACAGGCAGGGCCGGGGAUUGAACCCGGGUCCUCAGAACUGUGAGGCUGACGCUCUAACCAGUCGCCCACCGUGCCGCCCAGCGUGUGGCGCCAUGUCGAUGGGCUCGGAUGUCCGAGAUCUGACUCUCCUGACUCCAGGCCCCCAGGUGCCCCCCCUAGGUGGGGCAGGAGGCGGCUGCGGCCAGUGGACACAACUGUUGGACCUCCAUCCCGGCUCUCCCUACAACACCCUGCCCUCUCACCACUCCCUCAUCAAGCAGGAGCCGAGCUGGGGGACCGCUGACCCUAUUGAGGAUCCCCAUUGUGGACUCGGGGCCUUCACGCUGCAUUUCUCGGGCCAGUUUACAGGCUCGGGCCCAUGUCGGGUGGGGGCCUUUGGAGAUCCAGCACCAGGCCAACCCAGGGUUUUUCCCAAUGGAACAUACCUCCCCGGUUGUGUGGACAGUCCUCCUUCAUCCAGGAACCAAGGUUAUGGUGCAAUGGGCUUAGACGGGAACCCCAGUUACGCUCACACGGCAUCUCACCACACCCCUCAGCUCUCCAGCCUGUCCUUCAAGCAUGAAGACACACUAUCGCCGCCAAACAACAUUGUUGAGCAGCAAUACCCUCCUCCUCCUCCUCAUGCUCCUGCCCCCCCUGUGUUUGGGUGCCACAAUCCUGCAGAAUCCUGCCCAAGCAACCAAGCACUACUUUUGAGGAACUACAACAGUGAUAACCUGUACCAAAUGGCGUCUCAGCUGGAAUGCGUCACGUGGAACCAGAUGAACACGCUGGCAUCUUCCAUGAAGAGCGGCCACACGACCAGCUAUGACAGCGAACCCAUUGCCCCGGCCCCACCCAUGCUGGUGAGCGCCCAGUACCACAUCCACACACAUGGUGUCUUUAGGGGGCUUCAGGAUGUAAGACGGGUUCCUAGUCUUGCUCCUCCAGUGAUGAAGUCAUCUGACCCCGGUGAGAAGCGUCCAUUUGUGUGCGCCCACCCCGGCUGCAGCAAGAGGUACUUCAAACUUUCACAUCUGCAGACGCAUGGACGGAAACACACAGGAGAGAAGCCGUACCAGUGUGAUUUUACAGACUGCGGCCGUGGGUUCUCGCGCUCAGACCAGCUGAAGAGACACCAGCGCAGACACACAGGAGUGAAGCCCUUUGAGUGCGAGACGUGUCAGCGAAAGUUUUCACGGUCAGACCAUCUUAAGACUCACACUCGGACUCAUACAGGCGAGAAGCCGUUCACGUGCCGCUGGUCCAACUGUCAGAAGAAGUUUGCCCGCUCCGACGAGCUGGUGCGCCACCACAGCAUGCACCAGAGGAACCUGACCAAACUGCAGCCUGCCAUCUGAGCCAGGAAGGUGGCGAUGCAGUGUGCCAGCCAGUAGCGAGAGAGCCAGGUCAGAGGUCGCGGUGCCUUGCCAAAUGUGCAUAAGUGGAGGUCACAGCUGAUGCCAACCCACCUCGACCACGUGGCAUUCGCAAAGUUCACAAGAUGCACCUCAGCCAGCAUUUUUAUUGGGUCAAUUCCACUGAGAGGUUUUUACCACCUUAUAACUGAGCCCAGAAUUGAAAGAAAAAAGACCACACAAGGAAACAGUUGAUGCUUUAUUUUAUAUUUGACAUAAUAGCACACUUGCACUGUUGUUUGGUUUUCUCGUACAAAAUGUGCUGGAUCGUGUAAACUGGAUUUAGGAAAUGGACAAAGGUGAUCUGUUGCUUUGGAGAGUGUAAAUACACACAAUGCACACCGAAUAACUUUGUACAUAUGUGAUGUAUAUGCUUACUUUUACAGAUAUUCCUUUUGUCUUAUGUAUGUUUUGUAAGUCUAUAAAUGCCGACCUACAUCAUU